GCCCAGCCAAUCCUGUCAGAGAGCCACUACUGAGAGGGUCUUGCGUGGAACUAACGCGGUGCGGUGCAUAUGUUGAAGCCUACUUAUAUAACGUCGGGAUAUGAAAAAUGGGGCAUGAGAUAAUGAGGUUAUGAUUGAUGGUUCAGUUAGCAUGCGGGAGCUUUUUGGAUUACAAAAGCAGGCCUACAGCGGGGAGUUCGUUAUGUUUGUUCAUUGUGUUGAGUUGCAUGCAACAUCAAUAUUGUUUUGGGGGGGGCUUGAGGUCGGUCUUACAUAGAAAAAAGAAAAGAAAAAAAAAGAUUGCUCGUCGCCAAGGCCCAGUUCACACUCGUUGGCGACGAGUAAUUCUCGUUGAUUUGGGUAUUAAAACUGGCUUGGGCACGAUCACAGUAGAUCCAUCCAUCAAAGCCAUACACCGAGUAACCUAAAAGUAUGCUGUUUCUCAAUCUGCUCAAGUAAGAAUGACACAAAUGAAACCCCCGGAAAAAAAAAAGUCCCAAUAAAACACCAUAUCUUAGAAA